AUGGUCGCUACAGUUGCCGUGUAUUACAACCCGGCGAAGACGCUUGGCGGUAUGCUCGAGGCGGAUAUGUACUGCCUGGCGGGGCUUCUCUUCGCGGCAUUCGUCUCACUGAGCAGCAUGACGAUGUUCUGGUUUUUUGAGGUCAGGGCUGGCUGGGAAUGGCUCGCAGACGCCCUUAUUAUACUGUGGAUCGGCAUCGGGAUGUCGUUGGUCGCUUGGAUGAAGCUGUGGAUGGCCAAGCCGACCUUUAACACAGCGUGUAGUAUGACCACCAUUAUUCUUUUCGUCGUAGUGGUCAAGGAAGGCGGCAUUCAGACCCUCCUCCAAGUGUCCUUCAUCAUCCUCUGCGGCACAACCGUCGCAAACCUUGUCUGCAUACUCCUCUGGCCUCAACGCGCCACCAAGAACCUCCAGGAUGCCAUGACCAAAACGCUGCAAUCUUUCUCCACACUGUUGGAGAUGCUCACGGACACGUUCCUCCUUGAAGACUCGCUCCGGAACCUCACGAGCGACAAGCUGCAGAAGGCCGCGCAGAGCCACCAGGCGAGCUUCACGAGCCUCAAAAAGCACUUCGAGGAGGCGCAGUCGGAGUGGCUCUUCGGCGGGCCGAAGAAGCCGCGCGGCGACAAGACGGGCAGCCUGCACGAGAGCUCUGGCCAGGCGUACCAGGAUGCGAUCGAUUGUCUGAACCGGCUGGGUCAGCAUCUAAAUGGCUUGCGAAGCGGUACUACGCUCCAGUACGAGCUGAUCAGGGCGGAGAAGGACGGGAAACUUGUGCUGAAGAACCAUCAUCCUAGUACGCCUAGUGGUACAGUGCCGGAUUCGGAAUCGUCUGCGACAGUUCGGGAGGACGACGACGCUGCCAUGUUGCAGGCCGCUGCUGCCAUGUUCGGCGAUCUCAUCGACGACCUCGGUCCUCCGCUGAAGGCGCUGUCGACAGCGUGCAUAACUACACUCAAGCGGCUGAAGGACGGGUUCACCAAGCGUGCAGACCCCGUGAAUCGUAUCACCUCCGCAGAGUUUCAGCAGCUCGCGGACGCCGUGCGGAGGGCUCUUUUUACAUUCGAGAGCACCUCCAACCAUGCUGUGGUACGACUGUAUAGACGUCAGCAGAAUAUGCCUGGCACCCAGUCUCGAGACUCGUACGGCUCGGUGCUUGACGAGAACCACGUGCUGACUGGGAACGACGGGGAGAGUGUGUUCUUGGUGUACUUCUUCAUCUUCACACUGCAAGAAUUUUCGAAGGAGCUUAUUGCGCUUGUCGACGCGCUGGAACGCCUAUAUGCUGCAGAACACGAACGGGCGAGUCCACGGAUGAGUUGGAAGUGGCUGCGAGACGCUGUCAGUAUCUCGGGUCCGCGCAGUCAUGCCCGAAACAAGCGCAACGAGAGGAGCCUCAGCAAGCGAUUCUCUGUGUACUUCAACCCGGGACCCCUCCGUGACCCUAUAGCGUUCCCGAAGAUCAGGCCACAUGCACCGAACACGAUGCAGACCCCCGCGCGGUCACACUUGACAUAUAUCGGCAGGUUGAAACAAUCGCUGUGGGCCAUCGGGGCUCGGAUGAAGGAGCCUGAUAUCAAAUACGCGUUCAAGACUGGAAUGGCUACGGCGAUGCUUGCUGCGCCUGCCUUCUUUGACUCCACUCGACCGGUGUUCAUGCACUACCGUGGGGAAUGGGCCUUGAUCUCGUUCUUUGUCGUCAUUUCCCCGACCAUUGGAGCAACCAAUUUCAUGGGCAUUCAUCGAGUAUUAGGUACACUUCUCGGGGCAGCGAUUGCAGCUGGAAUCUGGACGCUCUUCCCAGAAAACCCAUACGCUCUCUCGAUCUUCGGAUUCUUCUUCUCUAUCCCCUGCUUCUACUACAUCGUCGCAAAGCCACAGUAUGCGACGUCGUCUAGGUUUGUGCUGCUGACGUACAACUUGACGUGCUUGUACUGCUACAACCUGCGACGGAAAGACAUCGAUGUUCUCAACAUCGCUUACCAUCGAGCAGUGGCGGUGACGGUUGGGGUCAUAUGGGCAGCGAUCGUAUCGCGCUACUGGUGGCCUACAGAAGCACGACGCGCCCUCAGUAAAGCUCUCGGAGAGUUCUGUCUGAACAUGGGAUGGCUAUACACGCGCUUGGUCGCUUUUAACUCCUUCGCCGAUGCUGAGUUGCGAGCUAUGGAGGAGGAUGCCGACGCUGAUGACGAGGAGUCAUCGCCCUUUGUGCCCCGGUCACGGAAUGCACAUCUCACCAACUCCAUUCAUGAUUUCAUGGCGAUGGAGCUACAUCUGCAGAUCAAGCUGAUCGAGAUCCAGGGCUUGUUAGCUCAGACGCAACACGAGCCUCGGUGGAAGGGCCCUUUCCCGGUCGCUUUGUAUCGGUCGAUCUUGACCAGCCUGCAGAAGAUAUUGGAUCAGUUGCAUAGCAUGCGAUGUACUGUUCGUCGCGACUUCAUUGUACCCGUCAAUAGAGAGAGGCGCGAGAUGGUCGGGAACAUCAUUCUCUACUUUUCAACUUUAUCUGCUGCAUUCGCGUUGAAGUCACCACUUCCUCCGUACCUACCACCGGCUGAGGACGCACGGAUGCGUCUGGUGGACGCAAUCAGGAAGCUCGACGUCGUUCGCAGUCGAGACGUACGAGGGUCGAGACAGCUCCUCUUCUUCGCCUACGCACUUACCAUGAAAGGCGUCAUACAAGAGCUCAACUUCCUCGGACACACCCUUCAAGACGUCUUCGGUGUCAUAGGACAGACUCGGGAAGAGUUCGAGGCAUUAUUCAAUGUGACAGAUACGCCCAAUAACGUCUAA